AUGCCCCAUGGUCCCCUUCGUCUUACUCGUUUUAGUGACAAAUGUCCACCAAUCCCCUUGGAUGAAGGGACCCUAUGUGCUUUCUUCUAUCUUCUGGGUACACAUCAAGGAAUAGGCUAUCGAACCAGUCGAGAGACUGGCCUUCAUAGGUUAUCAUGGUCAGGAGAUGGAAACAUAAACAUCGCAUUACAACGAGAGAGGUCAUACGCUAAGAGUUUAGGCAGUGUGAAGAAUCCAUUGGAUUUGUCAGAGGAAGAAUGGAACCAUGUCAUCAAGACAAAUUUAACAGGAACCUGGUUGGUGUCAAAAUAUGUCCGCAAACGUAUGCGUGACGCAAAUCAGGGAGGAUCAAUCAUUAACAUUUCCUCCAUUGCCGGUAUUGAUCGAGGGCAGUUACCUGGAGCUGUUGCCUAUGCUGCUUCCAAGGCUGGCCUGAACGCCAUGACAAAGGUAUUCAGUUCGCGUCAAUCGUUAAUUGAAUGGGUGCAGAAUACUGGACAUAAUUUGGGUUUUGUUAUUGUUACUAAAAAGUCAGAGAUUGGUGAGUUCGGGAGGAGACACAAAUUAUUGUUACAAUGUGAUCGUGGUGGAUGUUACAAAAGUAAGAAAAACUCCACAAGGUUAACUGGCACAAAAAAACGAGAUUGUCCAUUCAGAGUGAAAGGGAUGAAAUUGAAGAUAGAUGAUGAUUGGAUGGUAAGAGUAGUAUGUGGAGUGCAUAACCAUUUUGCGGCAUUAUAUAUGGAGGGUCAUUCAUAUGUCGGUAAGCUUUCUACGACUGAAAAUGAAAUAUUGGUAGAUAUGUCAAAGAAUUUGGUGAAGCCACGAAACAUCUUAUACACGUUAAAGAACAAGGAUCCGGACAACGUGUCCACCAUUAAAACUAUAUACAACGCACGCCAGAAGUUUCGAACUGCGGAGAAAGCUGGUAAAUCCCAAAUACAACAACUUAUGUCAUUCCUACACCAGUACGAGUACGUUUUCUUUAAUCGAAGCAAUGCUCAGACUAAUGAGCUUGAAGAAUUAUUCUUUGCACAUCCAGGUUCGAUAGAACUAUUGCGUGCAUUCCCACAUGUGUUACUGAUUGAUGCUACAUAUAAAACUAACAGGUUCAGGAUGCCUUUAUUUGAGAUUGUGGGCGUGACUUCAACGAAGAUGACAUUUUGUGUAGGAUGUGUUUUCUUGCAAUCAGAAAAGGAGGACAAUUAUACUAGGGCGCUGAAUUGUUUGCGGUUAACAAUGGAUGAAUCCACUUUUCCUAGCAUUAUUGUCACUGAUAAAGAUUUGGCAUGGAUGAGGUCGUGUGCCAAAGUAUUUUCCGAGUCAAUGAAACUGCUAGAUGGCACAUCGACAGAGCUGUUAUAUCCCACUGUAAAAAAUUAUUUCGAGACAAGGAAUCUUGGGAUUCAUUCUACUCCAUGUGGCACACAUGAAUUGAAUCAAAAACCGAAAACCGAGAAUGCGUAUGUGUACAAUUUAUCUGCUCUUGAGAUGAUUUUACAAAACUACUCCAAAGUCAUGAAUUAUAUUAAAGAUGUAUGGUUGAUGUCAUAUAAGGAGAUGUUCAUAUCUGCCUGGACAGGCACCUACAUGCAUUUCGGCAACCUGACCACUAACAGAGCAGAGAGUCAGCAUUCGAAGUUGAAACGAUACUUGGGCACACCUCAAUCAGACUUGGAGUCAGUAGUGUCGUCCAUUCAUCAGCUCAUCCAAGUGGAUGCAUUGAAUCGAUUAGGUUGGAAUUUGAACGGUCUAAAGUUGUUGGUGAAGACAUAUACUCUUGCGGAUGUAAACUUCGUACGAGUAAUGGACUGUCAUGUGCGCACGAGCUUGCAAUAUACACGAAUGAAGAUCGUCCUAUACCACUUUCUUGUAUUGAUAAGUUUUGGAAAAAACUUGACUUAUUGCCAAGUGUUUCACAUGUCAAUGAUGAUAUCGACUGUAGUGUCGAGCUACAAAUGUUCACAGAAUAGUUUAAGCGUCAAUCAAAGCCUGGAUCCAAUUAGACACAAUAGUUCAUCAGCUCGCCCCUCCGCAAAGAAGAAAGUAGACAGAUCUACUAGUGGUGAUGCGUCUGCAUUCAAGUUCAUUCAGCAAGAAGAUUUUUGUUAUUCUCAGGAACCAGGUAGACACAGUUGUUCAUCUAUUUAUAGCACUCCACCACUUCCUAUGCAAAAGAUUUCAAGAUCGAGGUCAACUGCCCAUGAGCAUGUAUAUCUUAGUCAGUUCCCAUCUAUAUUGCAACCUUACAUUAUGUUCGUAAAAGAUGUAAAAGCUGUUGGAAAUUGUGACUUUCGGGCUAUUGCUGGAUUACUUGGUUUUGGAGAGGAUGCAUUCUAG